AUGGAGUGGCCGCCGGAAGGGGAAAACGACGCCGAGGCUUAUCCCAUCACGCAUCAACACUACGCGCUCUUCCACACCAUCGACCGCGCCCUCUACACGAUCCUCGCCAUCCACCUCUGCCGCGACCCGGCCGAGUCCCUCCACGUCGUCGCCCUCCUCCUCUGGCUCGAGCGCAACGGCUUCCCCCACGCCGUCAAGAGCGUCCUCUCGCUUCCCAGGAUGCUCGUCGGCGACCUCGCCGACGAGGCCAUGGCCUGCCUCAACUUCAUCUUCAACCACGGCGAGUCCUCCUCGGACGGCGGUGCCGAUGUCCCCCUCAUGCGGGGCGUCAUAGGCCGGCGCAUCUCCGCGCGGUUCCUCCGAGAGAACCGGCACGAUGCCCGCCGAGUGAUCUCGAAAAUCAUCGACACCGUGUGCGUUAGGGCUCUGAACGACAUAAUGCAGAAGGCCUUUGCGAGAAGGAACCCGUCCCCGUCAAUGUCCCCGGCCAGCCUCCCGGACCGCCCUGCAUUUCCAGGGAUGAGGCCACGCAGGAAUGAGAACGAGAACGGGAACGGGAACGGGAACGCAGACGACCACGUCGUGAUCAACCAGCAUGUCCCCGUCGGCCAUCAGAACCGAAGGUACUGGCUCGGGAGAGAGGAGGCCGAGGCCGUGCCUGUGCCCGUGCCGCCUGAUGAUCGGACAUUAUUCGUAACCUUCUCGAAGGGGUACCCAGUGCACGAGUGGGAGGUGGUGGAGUUCUUGACGAGGGCGUUCGGGGACUGCGUGGAGGCGCUGCACAUGCAGGAAGUGCAGACGGGCGAGCAGCCGCUGUUCGCACGGGUCGUGUUCCAGUCGGCCUCGACGAUCGAUCAGGUGCUUGGCACCUCGGGCAAGGCCAAGUUCAUCAUCAACGGCAAGCAUGUCUGGGCCCGAAAGUUCGUGCCGAAACGCAACCACAGUCACAGAGCGGUUCAUCAACCUCCUCCUCCUCCUCCUCCGCAGCCUUACAACUUGCCGCCUCAUUUCCCAUUUUACCGUGAGGGCUGA